AUGGGUUCCAUCGAGGUGUCACCCAAAGCCACAGCACUAUCCAUCGUCGAAGCCACUGUUGCAGAUCUGGCGGCCGCCCUUGCCGAUGGACACACCAACAGUGUUGAAUUGACAGUCAAGUCCCUCCUUCGUGUGGCCAAAUAUGAUCGCCGGUCCACGGUGCUCAAUGCAAUGCCCAUCAUUAAUGAGAACGCACUGGAAGCUGCGCAAGCUUCUGAUUACCGCCGCGCAGCCGGGAAGACAGUAAAUAUUCUAGAUGGGCUUCCGUGCACCAUCAAAGACUCCUACAAGAUAGAGGGCAUGACUGUGGCGGCUGGUUCUCAUGCGUUUCAGAAUCUGAUCGCCCAGGAUGAUGCGUUCACGGUGAAGAAGAUCAAAGAAGCCGGCGCCGUCAUCUUGGGCCGAACAAAUAUGCCUCCCAUGGCUGCAGGAGGAAUGCAGCGCGGAGUGUAUGGUCGUGCCGAGUCACCGUAUAAUGCCGAAUACCUUACAGCAGCGUUCGCUUCAGGGUCAUCAAAUGGAUCCGCGACGGCGACAGCGUCCAGUUUCGGCGUGUUUGGCAUGGGCGAGGAGACAAUUUCUUCCGGGCGCUCGCCCGCCUCAAACAAUGGACUUGUUGCCUACACGCCGUCCCGAGGCUUGAUAUCGAUUCGAGGAAAUUGGCCGCUUUUUCCAACAUGCGACACCGUGGUCCCCCACACAAGGACGAUGAAGGACAUGUUUGCCCUGCUCGAUGUGAUCGUUGCGCAUGAUCAGGAAAAGGAGUGCGACUUUUGGAGAGCACAGCCUUUUGUUACCCUUCCAGAGGUCGCCAGCGUCCGCCCGAAAUCAUACCACAACCUGGCCGAUGCCGACGCGCUGGUCGGGAAGAAGAUCGGCGUUCCCAAAAUGUACAUUGGCAAGACUGACUCCGAUCCAGCGGCGAGAAAAGUCCAUACCCGUCAGUCUGUCGUCGACCUGUGGAACAAUGCUCGAAAGAUAUUGGAGGGACUUGGUGCCGUAGUCGAAGAGGUUGAUUUCCCCGUCGUGACCAAGUUCGAGGCGGUCGAACAGGGGGCCAGUGGUCCUCCGCAGGCGGAAUCAAUCGCUCCGCCUCACCGCAACGAAGUCGACAUGUGUCGACUGAUGGCUUAUGCCUGGGACGACUUUCUCGUCAGCAAUGGCGACAAGAAGCUCGCGACUCUCGCGCAGGUGGACUCCGCGACCAUCUUUCCCCAGCCACCAGGCACGAUCCCCGACAAAUAUGACACCGACGACCCAUUGGCACGCCACGCUGAUGUGGUGGCACACAUUACAGGUGGCAGGAUCCCCACAUAUGACAUUCCCGGCCUGGGGCAAGCCCUACAGAAUCUCGAAGCCAGGCGGAGAGCUGAUUUUGAAGACUGGCUCGGCACCCUCGGGCUGGAUGCGGUUGUAUGGCCCUGCAACGGCGAUGUUGGCAAAGCAGACGCCGAUUGCAACGAGGCCUCCGCAGCAGAUGCGUGGCGCAACGGCGUCCUCUUCUCGAAUGGCAACUGUGCAAUUCGCCAGUUAGGUAUUCCCACAAUUAGUGUGCCCAUGGGUGUGAUGGCAGACACGGCAAUGCCUGUCAACCUCACAUUUGCGUCGGCGGCAUAUGACGACACCGCUCUGCUUCGGUAUGCCUACGCUUUCGAAAAGAGUAGCCAAUUGCGACAAAAGCCGGCGAGGACGCCAGAGCUGGAAACAGAUAUCAUUUUGCUUUCCCAGGAACCGAGGCAAUUGGGGUCUGAAGCUCCUGUGCUGACAGUCGACAGCGAAAAGACAUUCAGACAAGGCGAUCAAAUCCACGUAUCGGGGACUAUUCGAGAGGACGAGUUGUCGGCAUUGCGUAUAUUUGUAGAUGGAGACGAGAUUAAGGAUGUAAAAUUGUCGGGUGGUAACUGGGAGGUGGUCUCGUGCUCACAGCCUGUAUCAAAUGAUCGACCCGAGGAGAAAAGAGUUCCAGAUCUCCAGCAGGCCAUGGUCAUUGUGCUGGCAACUGGGAAGGCUGGAAGGUCUAGUGCUCAGUUGCUUUUCCUGUAG